AUGUUUUUUUGGUUUAUUUUUGUAGCCUUUGCAGCAACAAUUCAAGUCCCAUUCGGCAUUAUUUAUUCAACAAACACAGACUCACGAUUUAUUGCGAGACUUUAUGGAAAUGGUAUGGGAUUGGAGAACAGGGUAAAGCUAGAACUGAAAUUACCUUUUUCUUUAAGCACUUUGAUUGCAAGCAUUAAUUUAACUGAUACUUCAGAUUUAUCAGUCUGGGCAAUCCCUCCUGCUUUCCUAGAUAGCCACACUCAGCUUAUAAUCGAUGCUACAAAUUCUCUCGCCUACACUCAGUUUUUAUCCUACCAAGCUAUUCAAAUGGACUUUGUCCAUAUUGUUGUGCAAAGGUCAUUUGAUAACAGUAAUGAAGAAUCUAUAUGCGAAAAUACUAUAUUAUUAUAAAAAUUUUACAUUCAAUUUUUCUCACUUCUCUUCAUUUAAUUCUAUUUAGAUAAACUAUUAAUGUGCUAUUUAUUAUUGACCUGGCUUGCAAAAUUAAUCAAGGAUUAUAUAUUUUUUUGAAACUAACUACCAAGCUGAGUCUAAAGCAUUUUUUGAUUUAAUUUCAAAUUAUGGGUGGGAAAAUCUAGGUUUAGCUUAUGACGAAAAACCCUCACAUAUUAACUGAGCAAACUCAUUCAAGGAGCUCAUAACUGGUCAUACUAUGAAAGUUCUUGAUGAAAUUAUUAUAGACUUAGAUGACAAAAACUCUGGAGUUACUAUUACAUCAAGAUUGCAAGGGACAACACAAAACUCAGGUGCAAGGGUCAUUUUAGUGUGCACGGAUUCAAUGCAUGCGGCUCAGCUACUGCAUGCGGCUGAUAUAAGUGUUAUGGGAGGAUCAGGAUUUGCAUGAAUUUUUUGUGACGAUGCUAUGGUUGAUCUUGGAGAAGUGUCAAUGAAUUCCUAUGCUGACUUAGAUUCAAGCACUUUUGGGAUACUAAAAUCAGGGGCAAUUGGGUUUUCUUCGCCUGAAGAUGCAUAUUUAUCAGGCCACCUUUUGGGAAAUAUUUAUUCAGCGUUGACUUUAAUAUGCCAAUAUCUAGCCCAAAUAGAUUUAUCCCAAACUAAGAUUUCCGGGAAAGCAAUUGUGAACUAUUGUAAUUGCCCGAGGAUGGCGCUAUCUUGCGCCAUCCUCGACAAUUUAAAAAAUGCCCACACCGGGAAUUGAACCCACGUGUGGGGCUUUUUUUGGUACGUGGAAGUCGAUGUUCUCCACAUAUCAAAAAUGGUCCCACACGUGGGUUCGAUUCCCAAUGUGGGGCCAUUUUUGAAUUGCCCGAGGAUGGCGCAAGAUAGCGCCAUCCUCGGGCAAUUACUAUAUAUUUUAACAAACCCUUCAACUCCUACUUUGGAUUAUCCUAUAAAAUUUGAUACCAACCGAAUGAAAGUCCCAAGCUAUAGUAUCUAUAAUAUUCAAAAUUUUCAAGAAUAUUAUGUAGGCUAUUGGAACUUAGCAGGAAGAAGUGUCACUAUUAAAAACACAAUAAUUUGGCCUGGCUUUACUACAACAGUUCCUAAUGACAAAAUCCCGCUACUUACUAUUUGUUUAUUAUAUCCUGCACAUGAUCAGGAUGGGAAUACAUAUGCUGGAGCUACAGCUAUAAAAAAUGGCUUUGAUCUUGGCGUUUCUGAAGUAAACUCAUUAACAAUUAUGGGUGACUAUCAAAUUAUUGUUGAGUAUAAAGACACUUAUAUGAAUACAGAUUUAGCUGCAUCAAAUAUAAAGUCUCUUGCAAGCUUAAAUAUUUUAGCAUAUAUAGGCCCGUAUACCACAAGUGAAACAGUUGCAUAUUCAAAAGCGAUUUCAGCCACCUCAGAUCCUAAACCAUUGAUCAGUUAUGGGGCUACAUGAACUAAUUUAACGAGCACUGAUAAUUAUCCUCAGCUCAUAAGAACCAUUGAAGCUGAUGAUUUAGAAGGUGUAGCACUCGCUUUAUUUAUCCAAGAAAUCGGUUGGAAAAAAAUUGGCGUGAUAUAUACAUUAGAUGAAUACGGAAUUGAUGUAUAUUCCUCCUUUAUGAGCAACAUAAAGACUCUUGGAAUUACUGUAAAAAAUGAUGUGAGUAAGCGAGGAAUUACUUAUGACCCAAAUUUAGGCCUUACUUCGAAAACGAAAAACAGUGUCGAUGAAGCCCUUUCUAACAUAGUCAGACAUCAAGUUAAAGUGAUUAUUUAUAUUGGCCACCACACUGUAGGCUACCAAGUUGCACUUACUGCACAUAAAAAGGAGCUUUAUGGGUCUGAUUAUUCUUGGGUUGGCUCAAGAUGGCUGACUGAUGAACUGGAAGCUUUGAUUGAGAAAAGCUCAAGCUCGAAAAAAAUUUAUGAAGUGCUUAAUGGGGCUUUUGGAAUCACAUAUAGAAGCGCUAUUGGUGAUGCAGGCAGUAAAUUCGAAACAAAUUAUGCUGCCAAGUAUAAAAGUGACUAUUCAGUUUAUGGGAUGUAUGCUUAUGAUACUGUCUAUUUAAUUGCAUAUACAGUAGCGGAGAUGAUUUCAAACAGUGAAGACUUCAAUUCAGGUACUGACCUUACCAAAUCUCUCAGAUCAGCUGAUUUUACUGGGGCAAGUGGAGUUGUGAAGUUUAUAGAUGGGUCAAAUGAUAGGUCUGGGUUUGGGUUUUCUAUUGUAAAUAUGCAAAAAAAUGCUAUUAUUACUGUACAAAUAUAUGACCCAAGCAACCCAAGUGUAUUUUCUAGCGUCACAGGGACUUCUUUGAUAUUUGGAGGAGAUAGAAAAUCUCCUCCAUCUGAUGAGUGGUCAUCUUCAUAUGAUUGUCCCUUCGCGAAAAAUAUGGUCUCUGUUGAUUGGGAUGGCAUCGUCAUUGUAAUUGUUAUUGGCUUUGUGCUGUUUUUACUUACCCUUGUGCUUAGCUAUUUCGCUUAUAGAAAAUGGAAACAGCUGGAAUACCAAGAAAUCACUGAACCUGUUGUAAGGUCAUGAAAAGACAAUUUGGUAAUUAUUACUAUUGGAAUUGAGUUUUUCCAGUUUAUUGCAAUUUCCCCUACUUUUCCUGCUCUGAAGUCAGCUGUUUCUGUUGCCGCGAAUAUUUUUAUGGUCGAUUUUCUGAAGAUGACGUCAGGGAGUAAAUCGACCUAUUGGACCUUCCUUAUUGUUGUGUCAGUUUUAUGCUACACUUGGUUCUUUUUAAUAUUACUUAUUAUGGCAAAUGCAGAAAAAUGGUUAAUUCAUGUACCUUUAUGUCAAAGAUUUAUGGGCUUAGUAAACACGAUGUAUUUACCAUUUUUCGGAAACACAAUGUUUUUGCCAUUUAUGACAAUGCUGCUUGAUGUCUUUGUAUGUGACCACAAAGCACAAGACAAAUCAUUUGUAUGAAGAGACUGCUAUAUGAAUUGCUGAACUGAUGACCAUUAUCCAUAUAUCAUCAUGUCAGCUCUUGCAUUGUCAUGCUAUCAGCCUAUUGCAGUUUUUUCUCGGCCUCUUUGGCAGCAAGCAAAAACUGGUGUAAAUUUAAUGGUCAAGCCAUUUUUCCUUCUUUUUAAAACAUGUGUCCAAAUUCUGCUUAUUGCUGUAGGAAAGUCUCUUCAAGGAUCACAGCCAAUAGCCCAUGGAGUUUUAUUUUCAUUUUUGAUUUUCUGUUUCUCAGUGAUCACUUAUAAAAUCAAGCCUUUCAACUAUGGAAGAUGCAAUUUAUGGGAGUUCGCUUCGCUUGUAGGAGUUUUCUAUAUUUCAUUUUUAGCUACCCUUUCCAAUGCAGGGCAGCAAGACAAUAUCGCAUGGUUUAUUGCUUUAUUUAUCGGGUGGGGCAUUAUAGCAAUUGUUACUAUAAUUAUUCAGAAAAAAUAUUUCCCAAGCUUGCUCGUGCCAGCUGCUGGAAAACCAAAAAAUAAGAUUUAUGAUGCUUUGAAAUUCCAAAAAGAUGAGUCUAAUGAGAUGGAUAAUUCUGUAGUUAGUUUGAGAGCUCAUAAUCAAACUCCCUUGGACGAUUCCCGUGUGGAAGAAAAUGUGAAUGAGCGUAUGAAUUGCAACGAAAGCCUGGACGAACAGAGAAACGGAAUGAGUUAA